AAUGAAUCAAAUUUCAUUCCUCUUUUUUCAGUUCUUCGCAUCGAAUGGUUUCCCAUGUCCGGCCCUGACGCACUCUUCUGAUCAUUACCUCAAGACAAUUAACAAGGAUUUUGACAAGGAUAUGGAAGAAGGCAUUGAUGCUAAAACGAUAACUACUGCUGAAGCAAUUAAAACCCUUGUGAAGUCUUAUAGAGCUUCAGUUAAUUCACAGGUCGUGAUGCAGCAGAUAGCGGAGAUACAUGAAAUGGGAGGUAUGGUGAAAAAAGGAAAUCAAGCUAGCCCCUUAAUCCAAUCCAUUGUCCUCACAAGAACAUCAUUUGUUAAUAUGUAUAGAGACCUUGGUUACUAUUGGCUGCGCUUAGCAAUUUACAUAGUACUCUGUCUUUGUGUUGGAACAAUUUACCAUGACAUUGGUCAUAGCUAUAGAUAAAUUCAGGUUUGUAUAAUAAAUCUUUAUGAACGGUUAAAUUGAAUAACUCUGUAAUAUCGCAAGACAAACUUUUAUGUAAUAAUGUUUGCAUCUGCUUCGCUUUCUAGCAUAUCAUCCCAGGGCAA